AGGUGGGAGCUGCAGGUCGACGGCGACGCGACUUCCCUUCAUUUCCCCCUCUUCGGUCCGCUGGAGCGUCCGCAGACGAACAGCACCGACAGGGCAGGAGUCCGUUUUGCUGCCAUCCAGCAAAUCUGAGUCCGCGCGGGUACAUAAACAGAUCCACACUCCAGUCGCUUCCUCAAGUGAUUUUCACGGAAAUGGUUCACCUGAAGUUUUCCUUCGGACGGUGAAAGUUUUGGAGUUGGAGAGGAAGAACGCAGCCGGGAGACGCUUCAAAUGGAGAGAGGGUGAAUCCACCCAUCUGGAUCAGAAAAGUUCAACAAGGGCAUAGCUCCGGUGUGAGGUGGUAUGUCAAACCGUGACUCGCUGGGGUUUGGGGACCUACUCCCCCAAGAUGUGGUUGAAAUUUUUGCCCAGGAGAAGCACAGCAAAAGGGGCCGGAAGAAGCGCAGGAACUCCCUGGGGCGGGCUUUGGGCUGGCUGAAGGGCAAGAAGAGGAAGGAUCUCGCCAAUAAGGGGCAGCUGGGUCUAGGCCCUGCACUUGACUUGGCCUUGGAUGGGCACCCUGCUGGGAAUCAGGGUGGACACAAGGGAGGACACAAGAGCGGACAGAAGUCAGGAAAGCAGGCUCAUCCAUAUGGUAACGUUCAUGCUGUCUCAAAGCGAGACGAUGAUGAUGACAAGACCCCGGCACCCCCGUUGCUCCAGGAGAACGUGUUCAUCGAGGCCAGCAGGCCCAAGUACCUGGAGAACCUUCAUACUGAGGCCCUGGAAGGACUGAAAAUGAUGCAGCAGGAAGAAACCAAUAAUGGAGUGGAGUACCAGGAUAAUGAAAGCACGGUUUCGACAGUGAUGGUCCAGACAGACGGGGAAGGUGGCUUUAUGACAGACAGUACCCUUGCUGACACAUCUUCAAUCGUCUCUGUACGAUCAUCAGUGUCCACAAGAUCUUCCCGCUCUGGUCUCACCAGGCAAGCAUCAACAUUCAGGCCCUUGAACUCUGGGAAAAAGUCAGAAAAGACCAAGACAAGGAGAAGACACAGGAAGACUGUUGUGGGUAUCCCACAGCAUGUUCAGAAAGAACUGGGCCUGGACAGAGUGGGCUGGACACUGACUCAGAGGUUAGAUGAGGAACAGCAUUAUAAUGGGGAAACUGACAGCAGCCCAACGACAGAUGUGCCACAGCAGGCAAAAGAGUCACAAAGGGGAGCCAGUUCCAGCCUUCAGAACAUGAAUUUCAUCCAGCCCGUCAACAAACACCAACUGGAGCAGCUCGGUGCCACCCAUGCUGGCCAUAGGGAUGACCUGGCCCUGCUGCACCGCCUGGGCCCUAACUUCUCAGGUGAGCAGAGGCCUCGGUCCCUGGCUGUUCCCUGGAUGACCACUGCCAACAGCCUCGAGCAGGAGCUGCCCAGCCCUGUCAUGUCCAUGUCUCCACAGGCCCCUUACAUGUCGAAAAUCAUUCCCAAUGCUGUGUUGCCACCCUCCAUAGAUGUGGUUGAAAUCAGCCGCGGGCGGAGUCGCAACAGCGUCCGCACCGUCAGCAAGAGCAGCCUCCUGCUGUCCAGCCCGGCCCCCUCCCGUGCUUCCUCUAGAGCCUACUCCUCCAGGACUACUUCCUCCAGAGCCUCCUCUAGAGCCUCCUCCAGAGCCUCCAACAUCACCUCUGCCUCCCAAUACAACCCUUACAAUAUGUCCGACAGCUCUUGUUGGAGCAACUCUGAGUCCUCAGAGACCUUGGUAUCUGACUCCUCAACCAUCUCCAGCAGCAGCACCCCCAGACAGAAGAGGUCACAGGACGGUGAUGCCUCUGCUAAAGAGGACAAAAUCAGUGUUCCCUCCUCCGUCAGCAAGCCUUCAAAAUGCGCCUCCAAUGGCCAGCUCAUUAUUAAGGGAGACGAGGUUAAGAAAGAAGGGCAGUUUGUGCGUAGCCUCUCCGUCAUGAAGCCCAAGAGGGCUCCUCCUCCUCCAAGCCGCUCAUAUUCCCUUCACAAUAAGAUGAAGCGACGGUCACGUGAUCUGGCAGAGGUUACGGUCAUUUCAGGGGAAUCUUCUCUCACCACUAUCCCAGCAUCUGGUGAGGAAAAAGGAAAAAACACAACAGGAUUCUCUCCUAUUCCCUCUAAAAUCAUAGACAGUCCUGGAUACAAUGCUGACACCAGUUCUCUGGAUGACUCUACAGGUUCUGUAUCAUUCAGUUCCUACAGAUCCCAGCUGCAGGCACUAAAGGCAGAGGAAGCAAAGGUUGAGGAAACAGUUUCCAAAGAUGCUUCACAAGAGAAGCAGGAAUCACUUCAGGAGAAUAAGCUAAGCAAAAUAGUGUCCCCGUCCAGUGGCUACUCCAGCCAAGAUGGCACAUCUGCUCAACUUUUUAAACAGCCCCACAGCUCAUCUCCAAGGCACAAGAGAGGCAUCUUAGCAAAGCUUCAAAGGUUUUUUCCUGGGUCUACUAAUGCUGCUUCACCUCCCCCUCCACUCACACAAUCAGAGGCUCGUGAAAACACAGAAACCAAAGAGGAUCUCAAACUCGACUCCUCAGUCGAUACUGCCAGUGUCAGCCCCUCCGUAAGGACCUUGAGAGAACUCUUCAACAUCCCUCCGCCACCUAAGGUCCAUGCACCUCCACCCCCUCCUCCAGAGGUAUGGGCUCACAGUAAGCGUAGCUUUGAGUUGCUGCUGGGACCACCGGCACCUGAUAACAUUUAUGCCAUCAUAAAGAAGAAUCCAAAGGACAGGAGACAACCGAGGCACUCUCCUUCUGCAUCUACGGACAGCUCUGUGAAUAGCUUGGUGGUAGAAAGAACGCACAAGAAUCCGACUGUAACAGUGGAGUCCUUUAAUGGUGCCCUACAUGUGCUUGAGACAAAGAAACUUCAGGACAGUGGGGUUUUGAAUGCAGAGAACAAUGACAGACUGACUGAGCAGAAUGUUGAUUUGAAAGGAAAGAGCAAAGAGACAGAAAAAGUUGAGAAAGUAAGAGUAAGUGACAUAUUAAACGGGAUGUUGGUGAAGGCUGUAGAGAAACAUGAAGUAAGGCUGGCAGCAGUGAGAGAGGAAGAAGCCAAAAAGACAUCCACACGAGCUACAGAGGUAAAGACUAACAUGGACACAUUAUCCGCCAUUUCAUUAGUACGCGUCUCUCCAUCUCCUCCUCUGGUACACCGUCCUCCACAACCCCCCACCACACAGACUGCUUCUAUCCCAUCCGCAAACGUUGUUGUAUCCCCUGAGUCAUCCUGGCCCCCACCCCCUCCACCAACAGGCCACGGUGGGCCUGAUGAGAUUGAUUUCCCUCUUCCGCCUCCCCCAAUGUUUGGUGAGGAGGGGAUAGUUAUACCUGUUCAGGUGCCACCAGAGAGGUCAGAAUGUGUCAGGGUGACCACAGAGGCUGAACCACAGAACCCCAGUACAUCCCAGAGGAUUGUACCUCCAACCUUGAGUAUUCCACCUCCUCCACCAUAUAUGGCUCCCCCUCCACCGGUUGAAGCAGUCUGUCUUCCUAUGACUAAGAAGGUCUGUCCUCUACCGUCAAUUAAAGAGGUUUCUCCUCCACAACCUAAAAAAGUCUCUCUUCCACCACCUAUAGAGGUUUCUCCUCCACCGCCUCCUAAAGAGGUUUCUCUUCCACCACCUAUAGAGGUUUCUCCUGGGAGCCCCAAAGAGUCAUCUCGUACUGUGGUUCAAGAACCGCCCCCAACCCUUGUUAAAGACGUGUCCCCCACACUGGUUAUCGAGGUCUCCACUCAUUUUGAGAAGAUUUCUCCUCCAUCUUCUCAAAAUAAUGCCUGUCAGUCUUUGGACAAGGCAACACCUGUUGGCAAGCUCACCCCACCACAAAGUAUUCCACCUCCACCACCCCUACCGUCACAACCCCAGUCGUCAAAACAGGAGAUUGAUCUUCCACAAGAGAACAUCCCAUCUGAAUCUGAGACCAACCCAGUUUCAUCUGACAGUAUUCUUACUUCCCCUCAGAGUAUUCCACCUCCGCCUCCCAUACAGCUUCUCCACCAACCUCAGGUUGUAGCCCCAAACACUGAUGGUCCAGCAACCCAGGAGGCCUCCCCUUCACCACCAUCUGAAAUCUCUAUCCCACCAACUGUUGAAAACUCUCCUUCACCACAAAAGGGGACUCCUUCUCCCCUUGGAAAUAUUCCCUUACCUCCACCUUUACCUGUGCUGGGUCUUGCCAGCAUUAGGCACCAACCUAGUCCUGCAAGCACAGAAAACCAAACCCCAGAGCUGACGUCUGCCCCUGUUGUGCAGAAGGAACCUACUCCCAUUAUUACCCCCUCCCUUCUGCAGAUGGUGAAGCUGCGGUCCGUCAAUAGCAGCCCUGAGCCUUCUAAAGAUCAGGAGCAACCAGAGGUCACAAUGAGGAAUAAGCAGCCCAGCAAUAAGGUUCCAACCUCAUCUGCCAGUGGUGAGGCUCCUCAGAAACCCAUCAGAAGGUCUCUGAUCAUGACCUCUGAACCUGCCAUAGUUACUUCACAACAAGCUCUGCCCAAGUCCCAGUCUCUUGUGGUUCCACCUGCAUCUUCAUCCACAGUCAUCUCCCCAACUAAAAAGUCUCCUCCUGCCAUGACCACCUCUCCUUCCAUGAACCUACAGGAGGCCAUCCGCCUGAGGACAGCAGCCAGAUCAAAAGCCAGCCCUGCAUCUCGCCUCAGCAUCCAGUCACCAACAUCACCAAAAGACCUCUGCAAGUCCCCCACCAGCACAGCAAGUUUUAUCUUCUCCAAGAGCAACAAGAAGGUGGUAACUGAGACCAAGCCGGCACCGGAGACCAUGGCAACCAUACAGAACAACCUGGAGGCUUCCUCAAACAACGUAACAAACGUGGUGAGUGAAGCAGAGCUGAUGAAGAAGGGAGUCAAGGUGCCACCACCUGUUGCAAAGAAACCCCAAACUGCAGGUCAGGAAUCACUGCAAGAUAGUAUCAAGGAUGCUGCAGAGAAAACAAAUGGAACAGCAGGUACUGUUGAAGGAGAAGGGACACCAUCUACAUGACUGUAAAGACUGAAGGAGAGCUGGGAAGGACUUAUUACACUGUAUCUGCUGCAAGUUGGUCUUUAUGUGUGAGAGACAAGAAACUGGAUUUGGAAAAGUUCUGGAUUUUAUAGAAAAUCCUUUCAAUUUGAUGUUAAUGGUGUGGGUCAUUUUCACAAGUACUCAUAUUGCAUUUUAAAUACAGCAUAUUUUCUUUUGGCAGAGGGUCUUCUGAACUUUACAGUUGCAAGAAAUGGGAAUAUACUGCCCUCUAGUGUCAAACAAUGAUUGUACCACUUUUGUCCUGCUGAAUCAGAGCUUUUGUCAAUAUUUCUAACAAUGGGACUUUUGGGCGCUCAUCUGUAAAUAUAGCAAAAGUUUCUACAUUUAACAUAAUCCUGUUAUGAUGGAUAUGUGCUACAGAGUUCUGUUUUUUUCUCCAAAACUAUAUUUGUUAAAAAAUAUUAAUUAUCCUAAGUUAUUUUUUUUCUUUUCAUGUUCAGAGGAGGGUCUCAGACAGAACAUCUUGUUUGCAAUGUUGUGUUAAACCCCAAAAAUCAUUUAAAUCAAGUUUGUUUGUAUAGCUCCUAGACAUGUCCAAAUAUACAGUAUGUUCUUCUCAAACAUCUGUCACUUUCUAUGACCUGUCAAUGAGCAUGACCAUUAAUUAGCAGAUACAUAAAUCAAUAUUAAAAUCGUUAUUUUGGAGCACAUUUCUGCUGCUUUUAGUUACUGAUAAUGGAGGCAUUGCCUUUUCUCAGUUAUGGCUCAAACAGCGGGGUAUUUCUGUGUUGAACUAUAAUAUUUCAAACUUGUUUCAAAGACUAAUGUAAUAAAUGAUCAUUUAUAAUGGAAAGAAUAAAGAUUUAUGGACAGAUAA